AUGAGCACUGUUCAAUUAUCGAUCGGUAACGAAUUGAAAGAUUCAUAUAAGAAUACACAUUCAUGGGUACAAAAUAAUAUAAAAUGGUUAAGGGAACUGGAAACAUUUUAUAAGAAGCGAGCAGAAAUUGAAAGAGAAUACAGUUUGAAACUUUCUCAGUUGACAAGUGAAUAUUUCAACAAGAAAAGUGCUUCAACUGUGGGGUUAUCUGUAGGUGAUACUCCUUCUACUACACCUGGUUCAAUUGAAGCUGCUACCGUAGUUACUUGGAAUGAGAUUCUAACUCAAACUGAAUUAGUGUCCAAGGAUCAUGGUAAAUUGGGACAACAAUUUGAGUCUCAAGUUGCAGCUCAAAUUGCUGGACUAUUUGGUAAAUGUGAUAUUACUUUAACUAAAAUCGAAGCAUUUCAAAACGAAAUUACCCAAAAGAAAACCUCGUCAGUACAAGAAUUAGAAAAAGGGAAAAAGGACUAUGAUGCAUCUUGUGUGGCGAUGGAGAACGCAAGAAAUAAAAAUACAAAAUCCCCAGGUACCAAGAAUCAGAAUAAAUUGAAUGAAAAGGAGGCAGAGAUGAAUAUUUCCAAAAAUUCAUAUUUAAUUAAAAUUAAUCAAAGCAAUAGAAUUAAAGAUAAGUAUUAUUUCCAAGAUGUCCCAGAAUGUUUGGAUUUACUACAAGAUUUAAAUGAAUCGCGUAUUCUAUUAUUGAAUGAUAUUUGGAGAAAGGCAUCUUCUUACGAACGUACAUUAGCAGCAACUGUACAAAACAGGAUGGAUGCUUCCGAUUCAGUUGUCACUCAAAAUAAACCCCAUCUAAGUACUGCGAUGUUUAUCAAACAUAAUGUUAGGUUAUGGAAGGAGCCAGCUGAUUAUGUUUACAAACCUUCUCAAGUUUGGCAUGAUGAUGAGAAAUUCUCUGUUCCAUCUGAAGUCGAAGCAAAUGACCUGAGACUUAAAUUAGCUAGAGCUAAAAAGACUUCAAUACUCAUGAUGACCAAGCAAAACAGAAUUAUCACAAUUGUCAAAGUUAAAUGCUCAAAAAAGAAAAUCAAAAGUGAGGAAGGUGAAAACCAAGGCCAAGAAUUGUAUGAAGUAUUGAAAAAUUAUUUAAAUGUUAUGGCUCCAUUCACUAGUCAUGAAACAUUGAAAUUAAAAGCAGAAGUUGAAAUGGAAAGUAUUCAAAACAAUACUCCUUCCGAAUUUGAUUUAUCUAUAGAUAAUAUAAAUGUUUCCUCACAAAAGAAGAGAGGAACAUUUUUUAAAAGUUUAACUGGAGGUUUAUUAAGUAAUGAUUCGCCUUCUUUGGUCUCAAGAAGUCACUCAAAAAGCUCUAAAGGUCAUCUUUCUUUGUUUAGUGGAUUAAGUCAUAAAUCGGUUCACUCUAACGAAGAUCACGAUAAUGGAAUUUCUAAUAUUUCCGAAAACGACGAUUCAACAUCAACCUAUACAACGGAUACAACCUCAAUUAAAGCCCCUCAAGCAGUAAUUAAAAGCAGCUCAUCUUCAAAUUCUAAUAAAGUCUUGUAUCAAUAUAAUAAACAAGAUGCAGAUGAGAUCUCGAUUGAUGUAGGAGACUCCAUAUCUUUAGUUCAGGCUGACACUGGUUCGGGUUGGACUAGAAUAAAAAAUAAUACAACUGGGGAAGAAGGAUUGGUUCCAACUUCUUACGUGGAAAUCAAAACUCAAGAAAGUAGAGGUCCUGCGCCAGUUGCACCACCAUCGAGGAGGAAGACUACCACAACAAGAAAGGUACAAGCUCUAUAUGAUUAUGAAGCACAAGGUGAUGAUGAAAUCAGUAUUUCUGUGGGAGAUACCAUUACGGUCAUUAAAGGAGAUGAUGGUAGCGGUUGGACAUUUGGUGAAUUAAAUGGAAUUAAGGGUUUAUUUCCCUCUAGUUAUUGUAAAUAA